GGAGGCAGCGGAGACGCCGGAGCUCCAGACACAGCAGGAGCGCGCUGUGGCGGUGCAGUUUCAAGCUCGCCUUCGCAGCCGCGCACACACCGCCUCCUCGCUGAGCAGCGGGAACCGCAGCAGCUCCGUGCCGCCGCAGCCCAGCUCCGCGCUCCUGCCCGCUCACUGCCGUCAGUACCGCCCCUCGUCAGCACUCAGCCCGCAGCUAUUUCCUUCUGCCAGCCUCUUUGAACUCUUUGGAUCUUUGCCUUUGCUCGCCUCUCUCCUCUUUUUUUUUUUUCCUCACCCCAUAUUUUCUCAACUCCUCUCUCUUUAUCCUUUACCACCCUGAUUUUCUUUUUAUUGGAAAUUUCAUCUUAAGAUGACUUGCCUUCCUUAACCCUCGUCCAUUUCAGCAUUGAAGACUGAAAAGGAACAUUUCCCUCCCCUCCGGUGGCAUUUAAAAAUCGCAAUUCUUCAAAAGUCUUAAGAGGCAAAGGAACAGGACGCAAGACCCUCCCGGCACCCUUGAUUGAGCCCAGUCAAGAACAGUUCUAGCAAUCGGAGCUGGCGUUUCAUUGAAUCCUACUGAGGGGGAAGGCGAAAGAAACCAGAAGCAAACUUCAGCUGUCUCCGCGGGUCUGUGGUUCCCGCAUUUAGAAGAGCCGCGUGCCAGAAGGCAUAGGAACCCACGGGGGACGCGGAGGAGCCCCGAGUCUCCCUCGUCCAUUCCUUGAGGACAGAGGUGUGGACUGAGGCGCGCGGGACAACAGCGGCAGAAGAGGGUAGGAGAAGAUGCGGGGCUCCCGGCCCCGGGGUGCGGGACGCCGAAGGCCCCCGGGCGGCUGCGGCGGCGACACCCUCCGUACCCCUGCGUCUCUGGCCGGCUGCUACUCCGCACCUCGCAGGGCCCCACUCUGGACGUGCCUUCUCCUGUGCGCCGCGCUUCGGACCCUCCUGGCCAGCCCCAGCAACGAAGUGAAUUUAUUGGAUUCACGAACUGUUAUGGGGGACCUGGGAUGGAUUGCUUUUCCAAAAAAUGGGUGGGAAGAGAUUGGUGAAGUUGAUGAAAAUUAUGCCCCUAUCCACACAUACCAAGUAUGCAAAGUUAUGGAACAGAAUCAGAAUAACUGGCUUUUGACCAGUUGGAUCUCCAAUGAAGGUGCUUCCAGAAUCUUCAUAGAACUCAAGUUCACUCUGCGAGACUGUAACAGCCUUCCUGGAGGACUGGGAACCUGUAAGGAAACUUUUAACAUGUAUUAUUUUGAGUCAGAUGAUGAGAAUGGAAGAAACAUCAAGGAAAACCAGUACAUCAAAAUCGAUACCAUUGCUGCUGAUGAGAGCUUUACGGAACUUGAUCUUGGUGACCGUGUCAUGAAACUGAAUACAGAGGUCAGAGAUGUAGGACCUCUAAGCAAAAAGGGAUUUUAUCUUGCUUUCCAAGAUGUUGGUGCUUGCAUUGCUCUGGUUUCUGUGCGUGUAUACUAUAAAAAAUGCCCCUCUGUGAUACGGCACUUGGCUGUCUUCCCGGACACCAUCACUGGAGCAGAUUCUUCACAGUUGCUUGAGGUGUCAGGCUCCUGCGUCAACCAUUCUGUGACAGAUGAACCUCCCAAAAUGCACUGCAGUGCUGAAGGGGAGUGGCUGGUGCCCAUUGGGAAAUGCAUGUGCAAGGAAGGAUAUGAAGAGAAAAAUGGUACCUGUCAAGUGUGCAGACCUGGGUUCUUCAAAGCCUCACCUCACAGCCAGAGCUGCAGCAAAUGUCCACCUCACAGUUACACCCAUGAGGAAGCUUCAACCUCUUGUGUCUGUGAAAAGGAUUAUUUCAGGAGGGACUCUGAUCCACCCACAAUGGCAUGCACAACCCCCUCUCCAGUCACCAAUGUGAAAAAGGGGAAAAUUGCAAAAAACAGCAUUUCUUUGUCUUGGCAAGAGCCGGAUCGCCCCAAUGGAAUCAUCCUGGAGUAUGAAAUUAAAUAUUUUGAGAAGGACCAAGAGACCAGCUACACAAUUAUCAAAUCGAAAGAGACCACUAUUACUGCAGAGGGCUUGAAACCAGCUUCAGUGUAUGUCUUCCAAAUUCGAGCACGUACAGCAGCAGGCUAUGGUGUCUUCAGUCGAAGAUUUGAGUUUGAAACCAUCCCAGUGUCAGUUGCAGCCUCCAGUGAUCAAAGCCAGAUUCCUAUAAUUGCUGUGUCUGUGACAGUGGGAGUCAUUUUGUUGGCAGUGGUUAUCGGCUUCCUUCUCAGUGGAAGUUGCUGCGAAUGUGGCUGUGGGAGGGCUUCUUCCCUGUGCGCUGUUGCCCAUCCAAGCCUAAUAUGGCGAUGUGGCUACAGCAAAGCAAAGCAAGAUCCAGAAGAGGAAAAGAUGCAUUUUCAUAAUGGGCACAUUAAACUGCCAGGUGUAAGAACCUAUAUUGAUCCACAUACCUAUGAGGAUCCCAAUCAAGCUGUCCAUGAGUUUGCCAAGGAAAUUGAAGCUUCAUGUAUCACCAUUGAAAGAGUUAUUGGAGCAGGUGAAUUUGGUGAAGUUUGUAGUGGACGUUUGAAACUACCAGGAAAAAGAGAGCUACCUGUGGCUAUCAAAACCCUUAAAGUUGGCUACACAGAAAAACAACGUAGAGAUUUCCUGGGUGAAGCAAGUAUCAUGGGGCAGUUUGACCAUCCUAACAUCAUCCAUUUAGAAGGUGUUGUGACCAAAAGUAAACCAGUGAUGAUAGUGACAGAGUAUAUGGAGAAUGGUUCUUUAGAUACAUUUUUAAAGAAAAACGACGGGCAGUUCACUGUGAUUCAGCUUGUUGGCAUGCUGAGAGGCAUCGCCGCAGGAAUGAAGUACCUUUCUGACAUGGGCUACGUGCACAGAGACCUUGCUGCUAGAAACAUCUUAAUCAACAGUAACCUUGUGUGCAAAGUGUCUGACUUUGGACUUUCCAGGGUACUGGAAGAUGAUCCUGAGGCAGCCUAUACCACAAGGGGAGGCAAAAUUCCAAUCAGAUGGACUGCCCCAGAAGCAAUAGCUUUUCGAAAGUUCACCUCUGCCAGUGAUGUCUGGAGUUAUGGAAUCGUAAUGUGGGAAGUUGUCUCUUAUGGAGAGAGACCCUACUGGGAGAUGACCAAUCAGGAUGUGAUUAAAGCAGUAGAGGAAGGCUACCGUCUGCCAAGCCCCAUGGAUUGUCCUGCUGCUCUCUAUCAAUUAAUGCUGGAUUGCUGGCAGAAAGACCGGAAUAGCAGGCCCAAGUUUGAUGAAAUAGUCAACAUGUUGGACAAGCUGAUUCGCAACCCAAGUAGUCUGAAAACUCUGGUUAAUGCUUCAAGCAGAGUAUCUAAUUUGUUGGCAGAACAUGGCCCUCUAGGAUCUGGGGCCUAUAGAUCAGUAGGUGAAUGGCUAGAAGCAAUCAAGAUGGGCCGGUAUACAGAGAUUUUCAUGGAAAAUGGAUACAGUUCAAUGGACGCUGUGGCUCAGGUGACCUUGGAGGAUUUGAGACGGCUUGGAGUGACUCUUGUCGGUCACCAGAAGAAGAUUAUGAACAGCCUUCAAGAAAUGAAGGUGCAGCUGGUGAAUGGAAUGGUGCCAUUGUAACUUCUGCUAAUGUCACUUCUUCCAGUGAAUGAUUCUGCACUUUGUAAACAGCCCUGAGAUUUAUUUUAACAAAAAGAAAGGGGAAAAAGGGAAAACAGUGAUUUCUAAACCUUAGGAGAGCUAUGUCUCAUCCACAGAAUUUGUAAUCAGUGUUUCACUAAAAUCUCCAUAUCUUCCUCUCAGUUUCUUCAUUUUUCAUGAAGCAACAAUGACCUUCAGAAAAUAAGAACAAAAAUACUAUCUUAUGUUACAUAAAAAUCCUCACUACUACUUCUACAAAAUUUUUACACGAAAAUACAAAUAUAUAGCACCUUCACAGACUAAAUUAAGGCAGCCCCUUUCAAAACUUCCAGGGAUCUACUUGAAAGGAAAAGUCUUAUAGCCAUUUGUGGGCUAAGAAAAGCUGCAGUUUACUGAAGUUUACUUCAAGUCUUAAUUGUCUACAUAAGUGUAUUGAAGAGCAAUAUGAUUAGAUUAUUUCUUAAUACAUAUCUUCUUUUGUAAUUUUAAAAUGCUAUUUACAUGGUGUUAAGUUAUAGAAACUAGUUUAUAAACACAUUGCUUGAUCAAGGAAAAGUACAAUGCAGGGUGUGUAUUUAUUUUUCUGUGUUAUAAAAUUUACUUUUAGUUGCUCUUCUAGAGACUAUUAGUAAUAAAUGUGUAUAUAUUGUAUAUUUUGCAAUAUAUCUGGGAACUGAUUUAAGUUGGAAUUGUGUGAGUAUGCUUGCAUAUGUGUGCAUUAUCAUUCUGCUUGCAUUUUAAUAGUGUCUCAAUUUUAGCAACAUAUAAGGACAAGUGUUCCAGAGUGUAUUACAAAUAAGAAAAAUAGGGAAGCAGUAAAACAAAAUUUAACACAAGCUGGUGUCUCUUUUUCCCUCAUGUGUCCGAAAGCUACUAAUCUCUUUAUUCACUAACAGGAAAUGUCUAUAAGAUUAAAUCCCCUUUGGCUUUUUAAAAACACUUUGUGAUAUCUGUGACAAUGCUGCUCUUCUCGCCAUUAAUCUUGCACCCCUGUAAGAAAUGUCACCUUUCUGGUUCCCAGAAAAUAUCUUGUCAAGCAAAGUUGACACCAAAGGGCAAAUUUUCAGCAGGAUAUAGAAGGAUUUAACUGUGCUGGCUUCUGUUAAUGUUGUUAAAUCCAGGCACAUAGCACUAAGGAUCACCCUUAAGUGUUAAUCCUUUGCAACCAUUUCCAUUGUGCUUCAUUUCUAGACAUUUUGAUACUAACAAAGCAAUGAAAUGAUGAUGAAAAAUACAUAUUUUUCCUUCAGAAUUUUCUUUAUUUCAAGUUUUUUUGUUGAUGGAUGUUUAUUAAUUUGGUAAUUUCACUUUGCAUUCAGUUACUUGACAUUGAAAUUAUUUUGAGGAACCAACCUGAAGUAUUAUUUAAUUGGACUUAUUAGGGAAUAUAAGUCAUAUCUUCUGAAGGUUUCAUAAAUAUACCUGGUGAAGAAGGGUAAAUAAACCAUGGUAAAAAUUACAUAAUUUAUUAGAAAGCAUACAAAACUGAGCUCCUUUUGUUAACAAAAGUUCUGUAUUAUUGCACAUUAUUAAAAUCAUGUAAUGGCACGUGAUCAUUCAAGGAGCAGAGUACUUGAAUUAGAUAUCACUUACUCAUGAUUCUCAAUGGUAAUAGUAAGUAUGUCAGAGUAUCCUUGGAGUGGUGGAAUCCAUAGGACAUGUACUUGUGUUACAUUAAUUGUACUCUCUUUUUCCUAAGCACCUGUUUUACUUGAAUGUUGAUUUAUAUAAGAAUAAACUUGUGGGGAAUAACUUCUUUCUAUCCUGCCCACCCUUUACUUAAGCUGUAAUGUAACAUUUUGUCAAAGCACAAGAAAAAGCCAAAACAGCAACAAAAAAGAAGGGAGAGAGAAAUGGUCUAAAUACUUUUCAAAUUACGCAUUGAGUUCCAUCUCUGUAGAGUACCAUGGCUCCAUAUAAACUAUGCUGUAAGUGUGCUCUAUUAGGUUAGUGAAAUUUCCAGAGAAAGUUGAGAAAAUUAAUAUUGUUUUGAUAAAGUCACAAGUAAAUAGACAUUACUGUUACUAAAGAUGCAUUUGUUCAAUACAGGGAAAUGUUGAAACUAAAUCCUUUUUUACAAAAUAAUUGGAGAUUGUGUUUCAGUACACUGAAUUUUGUAAAGAAUGCAAAUUUAAGUGAUAAAGUAUCAAUUGAGAAACUUCAAAGUAGGAAAAGACUUAAGAAUUGAAAAAGAAAGUUGUUAUACGUUUGUAGAACAGGUGGACAAGCCAAUAUUGUUUGGACAUAAAAUUGUUUCCAAAAUUGUUUUCCAACUUUGUAUUUUCAGAGCCAAUUGGGAUUUUUGGGGUGGUGUAUAUUUAAGUGACUAGAAGUUACAAUGUACAUUUACACAUUUACACAAAGAAAGAAUAUAUAUUAAUUUGGAUUGAGUUGAUUUUCCUCCUUUGCAAUAUUGGUGUUCAUUUCAGAAAAGGAUUCUAAUUGAAAAUUAUAUAGCCCCCAUAUAGCUUUCAUCUGUAUCUCAAGUUGGUUGAGAAUUUUUUUAAUGUUGAUAAGAUUUUUAGAACAGAUAAAGAGAUUUUCAAAUAAGAUGUACUCUGCCCUCCAAAAUAGGAAAGAAUAAUUUUCUAAAAUAUUUGUUCACCACUGGAUAUGUCACCAAUUGGAAAGAGCCAAUCUCAUCUAUACCUGUGAGAAAUAGAAUGAGGAGAACAUGACAAUUUUCUGAAAUACAGUGAGGCUGUAACUCAGGGCAAGAUUUGAAAAUCUCAAUUGUAUAAUUUUUAUUCUAUUGAGUAUUCAUUUUGUCACCCAUCAGUUUACCAAAAAUAAAGCAUAGAUUAGAUAAUUUUAGCAUAUACAAUAGAUUUGCCAAAUAAUAUGCAAUUUUUUUGUAGCAAUAUCUUUAGGGCAUCGUCUUUCUCAGUGUUAGACUUUGAAAAACAGGUAUGUCCAGAGAGUUAUUUUCACUUUAUUGAUACCUGUUGAAGUCACUCAAUUACUACUUUUAUCAAUCAUAAUUUGUUGCUAAUCUUGCCAUUUGCUCACAUGUAAUAUGACACAUAAUCAGUUCCUCUUUUUGAAAUGUAUUAAUUGUACGUAAAAAUGUAAAGAUAUUCAUUGUCCCAUCUUUAAAAAUGUUAAUGUGCAUGACUUUUUAUUUCAUAUAUUUUAUUCACCAACUCAGUGUUCUGAAAUUUUAGGAUCACUGUAAAAUUAUAUCCCAGGUUAGGAGUGUAGCUCAGUAGUAGAGUGCUUUGCCUAGCAUGUGCAAGGUCCUGGGUUUUAUUCCCAAUACUAAAAAAAAUUGUACCCCAAUAUUUCAUGUAAACCUAUGUGUAAUCAGCAUCAUUUUAGAGUUGACUAAACAACACAAAACAUUUGUAAUUCUGUUUUAGAAAGAGUUUUGACCAGUGUGCAAUGAUGAAGGCACCAUUUCAUAUCUCAAGUUUAAACUACAACAUUGAGCACUAAUGCAUUUGCAUGACCUGCAUUUAAUUUCUAUGUGAAAGUAAAAUAUUUUGAAACACGGUACUUUCUCCCAUUUGAAGUGGGUUCUCAGAAGCACAAGUAUAGAUAUUUACCUUUGGAAGCUUUUGUGGCUGUAAUGGAUAGCAAACACUAUUGAGUCAGGUAUUAGAAAUUUACCAGAUGUAUAAUGUUGCAUAGUAAAAUAAGGUUCUUUUCUCAUUUUGUUUGUUCUAAAAAUAAGAAAAAAAGAAAGAAAGCUAAUUGUGAUAGUAAACUGUCUUUGUUUAUGUCCUUCCAGAUGUUUAACUCAAAAUAAAUACAAAGUAGGUACCAUAUGGUGGUGAUGACAGCAGUGACGAUGAUGAUGAAUAAACAGAAUCAAAUGCUAGCUUUAUUUGAAACUGAAUAACUAGAAUAAGUCAUCAUUAUUUUCAACUCUAACACAGCUGGUUACAUUGAAUAUUUUCUCUCUAUUAUGCUGUUAAUUAUAUAGUAAUGUAUCAAAAAGAAAUAGAUAAGAAUUUUUUUCAUUUCUUGUUCAUUUAUGAAAAAGUCUUUUCACAUAUAAAUGACUGAACGUUCUUGUUUAGAAUGACCAUGUUAUUAUUGCUUUGAAGACACCAAUUCAUUUUUUAAAAAUAAGUUUAUAAUAAUCAGAAACAAAUGUUGCUUUUUCUUUGAAAUGUUAAUAGAAAUAAUUGAAGGUGGCCAAAAUAUAUCAUGUUAUUCCUGCUGGGGGCUUUAUUAUCUGAAGUUUGAGUGGUCAACAUAUUUGUGAAUUUUUAGACUGCUGUAGUUUUGCGAUUAAUUAUGUAAAAGUGUAUAAAUUCCACUUAUAAUAGUCUGAGAAUAAACUUAGACUCAGUCAUUUGUUGAUAUGUUAUCUUAGUUUCAGGCAGGUGAGAGCAGCUGCAUAGCAUAUUUUAUUCUAUGAUAGGCAUCAAGAUAUCUGAAGUCCCUGUCUCAGAGUUAAUUCAAAGAAGGAUUAGCAUUUCUGUAUUUCUUUUCCCAUUUGAAGCUCUAUGUGCUUUUGGUUUGUGUACAUGUUUUUGUAGUGUAAGAUAUGAAAUUUUAUAUUUUUUCAGAAAAUAAAAAAACCCUUUGAAUACAGUUAAA